AUGGGUAUCCUCACCAGAGUAUUCUAUGCACCGGUUCUCGCUCAGCCCGGUAUCUCGUUAGGUCUAUCGGCACUGUCACUCCUGCUACUUGUCCUUGUCUUGCUCUCUGUUCCCGGACCCAUCAAGGGACUAUACUGGUUCAGCAUCGAUGGAACUGAUGGCCCGCUCAGUGCGGGAGUGACGGGAUGGUGUAUGACGGAUACUUCGAAUUGUACUUAUGCUCCAUUGAGCGACAAUAGCUAUUUGGGAACGUUGAUUGAUACGGGUGAAGCUUUGACAGUGAGGAUUAUGUUACCUCUAGCUUGUUAUUGGUCCAUCCUCACCCUCGUCGCUUGGGUCGGUCUCACAGUCACCACCCCUCUAGGCUAUAAAAUCGUCGAUCUCGAUUCUAUAUCUCGUCAUCUCCGAUUUGCCGUGGUCGAAGCUUGUGUCCUGUGUAUCAGUCUCUUCGGAAAUGUCUUAUGUUGGAUGGCAUUCGGAUUCGGUAGGACAGCAUUCAUGACUGUACAUAAUGGUGGUGGAAAACCUAAAUCUGGACAUGCUAUGGAAACGACCGCCGUAGCAGCCAUGAUAUCUCUAUUCGCUCUCUUCACAGCAGGUUGGGGACUCCAUCUCCGUCUUCGUCAAGCUCAAGAACAAUGGAAAGAAGAAGCGGUCAUGGUUCGACGAAGAAGUAUGGCUAUAGCCUCUGGUCAAGCUGUGGGUAGUACGAGUGCUCUGGGUAGUGAAAUCGGUACUGUUCAUCGAGGAAGUAUGGUCAAAGAUCCGGAAUAUGGAUUGCAGGUGGCGGAAAGUAAGGAGAAUUGA